AUGGAAUUGAACAAAAAUGAUGACAUUGAAAUCUCGGAUGAUUCACCUUCAGAGACAGAAGCAGCAGCAACAGAAACUGUUGAAACACAUUCGUCUUAUUCAAACAAAUUAAUUACUAAUACUAAAAACGAAAAAAGAAAUUCAACGUCAAAAAGACGUUGCACUUUCAACCAAAACUGGUUGAAAGAUUCUAAAUAUGCACCAUUUCUCAAGGAAUGUCGAACUAAUAAACACCUUGCUCAUUGUUCUGUUUGUAAAUCAAAUUUUUCUAUUGCUAAUGGUGGUACCUAUUUGAUUAAUCGUCAUAUGGAACAAGAUAAUCAUAAACGAUUAGCUGAAACUCAAGAAAAAGAAAAUUCACGAUCAAUACGUGAUUUUAUUGUUCCAUCAUCUGCAUUAACUAAAUUAACUGCAGCUGAACUUAGUCUUGUGUACCACGGCGUCCGUCAUGGAUACAGUUACAUUAGUCAAUCAUGUACUUUUGAUCUAUUAAAAAAAAUUUUCGGUGAAUCUUAUAUAGGACAGAAUAUUUGCUGCGGUAAAACAAAAGCUCGUGAAUUAUCUGUAAAUGUUCUUGUUGUAGAACAGCCAUUUGAAUCAGCUGAAGCUAUUGUUAAAACAAUUCAUCAUGUAUUAAAAAAACAUAAUCUUGAUAUUGAAAAAUUAACAUCUAUUGGAGCUGAUAAUAUUAAUACAAAUUAUGGUCGAUAUCAUUCAGUUUUUAGUAUUAUGAAGCUUGAGAUUUUAAAUUUGUUUAAAGGAAAUUGUUUUUGUCAUAUUUUAUCUAAUUCAGUCAAAACGUCUCAUCAUUAUUUACCUGUUGAUGUUGAGUCAUAUUUAUCUCAGUUAUAUAGUCACUUUAGUUCAUCAUCAAAACGUGUGGCUGAAUUAAAAGAAUAUUUUGAGUUUGUCGAAGAAGAUUAUCUACGUUUGCUUCAACACAUAAAAAUUCGGUGGCUUAGUUUGUACAACUCAAUUGAUCGUUUGCUAAAAGUCUAUGAUCCUUUAUCAUCAUAUUUUUUUGAAAAUGAUAAAGAAAAUGAAGAUCAAACAACAUAUCCACAGAUUAUCAUCAAUUUUUUUUCAUCGACUGUGUCCAAAUGUACAUUACAUUUUUUACAUCAAGUAUUAUUUGAUAUUCAACUAAAAAAUUUAGAAUUACAACAAUAUUCUACAUCAUUUGCUGAUUUACAUAGAAUUAUUACUAGUUUAUUGAAAAAACUCAACGAUCGUCUUGAACAGAAGUAUUUUGGCCAUCACACCAGAUCAAUAUUGAAUUCAAUGUCAAAAGACGACCAAGAAAAAACAAUUUCAUCAUUUACACAAUAUUUAUCAAACGUUAUUAAAUACAUAAAUAAAUAUUAUGAAGAACAUUCAUUAUUAGCUGAAACUUUAUCUAUUUUUGGAAUAAUUGAAAUUGAUCAAAUAAAAUUUGAUCAAAUUGAACGUUGUGUGAACAUUCUUAAACUUGAACUUGAUCAUGAUCAGUUGUUUGAAGAAAUGAUCAAUUUACAAACAACGUUCAAAAAGGUUACUUCGUAUCGUGAACCACUCUAUGUUCAAAUACAAAAACAUGUUGGUAAUAACAAUUUUAUUUUUGAUGAUACUGAAGAAACACAUGAAGAAGAAACAUUAAUUCAUAAAACAACAACAUCGAAUAAUGAAUAUAAUCAUCCGAAAAUUCGUCCUGAUCAACUUUGGGCUUACCGUAUUUCAAAAACAACACCAAAUUGUCAAGAAAUAAUAAAAUUACUUUCUUUUGUAUAUUCAAUUCCAUGUUCUAAUGCUUUUACUGAAGGUGUAUUUAAUCAUAUGAAGCUCGCAUGGACACCUAGUCGAAAUUCAAUGAAUGUUGAAACUGUUGCUGCUGAAUUACAGAUAAGAUUAAAUUGUAAAUUGAAAUGUUAUGAUUUUUUUUCAUUUGUACAAACUGAAUCCGACUUGAUCAAAUGUGCUCGAGGCACACAAAAAUAUAGCUUUAAAAAAAAAGCUUGUUCUACUUGA